AUGUUUCAUGCUACUGUUACUCUUAAAGCUUUGCUUGGAAAGAAAAGGCCUAUAGUUUCUUAUAGAAUUAUUAAUCCUUAUAGGAUUCCUGAGCUUUACAAUUUCCAGCCCUUCUGUAAUUUCUGUUACCUUCAUCAUAGUCAUUUUUUCCUUACACAAAGACCAUGGAGUAAGCUGCUGCUGCUUUUAAAAUAUGGUCAUUAUGAUGAAUGUGAAAGUUUUGGACUGUUUGAAAUACUUUUUCAACUUCUUAUGGUACAGAUAGACAUGUGUUACAUAUUUUUAAAAACCUGUUUGUUGCAAUAG